UUAAAAUGUGCAUUGUUUCAAAGAGAUCCCUGUGCUCAGCGUUCCUGCCUAACUCUUUUUCUCUUUUCCUCUUCAUGCUGCCACCCUGCUGUCCUGCUGUCCUCCUUUAACAACAGGACUGCCUUGUCCUGGUGAAAGCAAAGUUAGAAAUAUGGAGUCUGUUUACAUUAAACAGGAGGAGGUUCUGGAGUUGGUACCUGUCUGCAUUAAACAGGAGAUGACUGAACUGGAGCCUGUCCACAUGAAAGAAGAGACUGAACUGGAGCCUGUCCACAUUAAAGAAGAGACUGAACUGGAGCCUGUCCACAUUAAAGAAGAGACUGAACUGGAGCCUAUCCACAUGAAAGAAGAAGAGACUGAACUGGAGCCUGUCCACAUUAAAGAGGAAGAGACUGAACUGGAGCCUGUCCACAUUAAAGAGGAAGAGACUGAACUGGAGCCUGUCCACAUUAAAGAAGAGACUGAACUGGAGCCUGUCCACAUUAAAGAAGAGACUGAACUGGAGCCUGUCCACAUGAAAGAAGAAGAGACUGAACUGGAGCCUGUCCACAUUAAAGAGGAAGAGACUGAACUGGAGCCUGUCCACAUUAAAGAGGAAGAGACUGAACUGGAGCCUGUCCACAUUAAAGAAGAGACUGAACUGGAGCCUGUCCACAUUAAAGAAGAGACUGAACUGGAGCCUGUCCACAUGAAAGAAGAAGAGACUGAACUGGAGCCUGUUCACAUUAAAGAAGAGCCUGAAUUGGAGCCUGUUCACAUUAAAGAAGAGGAGACUGAACUGGAGCCUGUCCACAUUAAAGAAGAGGAGACUGAAUUGGAGCCUGUUCAGAUUAAAGAGGACGAGACUGAACUGCAGCCUGUCCACAUUGAAGAGAAGUCUAUUGGCUGCUUGUUUAAGGAUACAGAAAAAAUAUCCCGGCCAAAGAUAUCACAUCAAUGUAAUGAAUGUGGGAAGAGUUUCAGCUGGCCAGGAAACCUAAAAACACACCAGCGAAUUCACACUGGAGAGAAGCCAUAUCAAUGUACUGAAUGUGGGGAGAGCUUCAGUGCGUCAGGAGGCCUAAAAAGACACCUUCGAUUUCACACUGGAGAGAAGCCAUAUCACUGUUUUAAAUGUGGGAAAAGCUUCACUGAGAAAGGAACACUAAACAAACACCAGCGAAUUCACACUGGAGAGAAGCCGUAUCAAUGUACUGAAUGUGGAAAGAGCUUUAAUGUGUCAGGAAGCCUAAAAAGACACCAUCGAUUUCACACUGGAGAGAAGCCAUAUCGCUGUUUUGAAUGUGGGAAAAGCUUCACUGAGAAAGGAACACUAAACAAACACCAGCGAAUUCACACUGGAGAGAAGCCGCAUAAAUGUACUGAAUGUGGGAAGAGCUUUAAUAUGUUAGGAAGCCUAAAAAGACACCAUCGAUUUCACACUGGAGAGAAGCCAUAUUGCUGUUUUGAAUGUGGGAAAAGCUUCACUGAGAAAGGUAAACUAAAAAAUCACCAGAGAACUCACACUGGAGAGAAGCCGUAUCACUGUACUGAAUGUGGGGAGAGCUUCAGUCGGUUAGGAAACCUAAAAAGACACCAGCGAAUUCACACUGGAGAGAAGCCAUAUCACUGUACUGAAUGUGGGGAGAGCUUCAGUGAGUCAGGAAGCCUAAAUAGACACCAACGCAUUCACACUGAAGAAAAGCCGUAUCACUGUGUUAAAUGUGGGGAGAGCUUCAGUCAGUUAGGAAACCUAAAAAGACACCAGCGAAUUCACACUGGAGCCAGCCUCCCUCCCCUCCCAGUCCCUCGCCUCUCCACCCUGCUUGCUUGAGUGUGUGGAGAGCUGACUGAUUCCUUGUCUCUCUCUCACCCUGCAGUAAAUGAAGGGGGUCUCCAGGAGUGAGAGCCAGCCUGAAUCCAGAGACACUGAGAAGGGGAGCGUGUCAAACUGAAGGAGACAGACCCAUUCUUUCAGAAUGAACUGCAUUGGAAAUGAAUCUCACUCAUCAUGCUGUGAGGAUUUAUGCCAAGCUUGUUUCUGUGAACACAUUAAACAACGUUGCCGAUAACACAUCAUAUUUUUAAAAUACCAUUACUGUACCAGUGUCGGUGAGAAAAGAAGUAAAUUAUUUAAAAGAAUCUAAAACUAAAACUCUCUUCAUGGGUGUGGCAGCAGUGUGCCCUUCAUAUUACUAGAAUGGCCUGUAAGCUAUUGCACCAGUGCAAGCACAAGCUGAAACAACCUUUUUUUCUUUUUUUUUUUAUUUCACGUGGUGCAAACUUUGCACUGGAGCAAGUGCUGUUUUGGGUUUGAAUGAACUUGACUGCUUUGAGUGUUUAAAGGGCACAUACAGACCUUUUAUUUUAUUGUGUUACAUGUUCCCAUGUGUUUACGUAAGGUGUUUAUUGUUUUCAUUUUUUUAUACAUUUUGACCACUUUUUUAAACUUUUAAA